CCACGCUUCGCCUUCGCACGCGUAAAGGGCGAUAUAUGUCUGGUCCAAUUGCACCCACUCCAAUCAGAGACAUCUUUAGGGAUGAUCGUUUUUCGACACGAAUUCGUGUCCAUCUUUCGGUAUUCCCAUGACCUGCGCGUUUCCCCCGAGGACAUUCGUGUUCUCGAACUUCUUGACGAAGACCGCAUACGCUACGAGGAAGACAACGGCACCGUCUUCCUAGCAAAGGACCUUAUGGCUCAACUUCGAAGGAUG